CUCUGAAAUUUUGUCUCUCACUCUCCAUAAAUAUUAAAAAAGACCCACAUAUUCAAUAGGCUAAAGUAUAGACACAGAAUGUGAAUUAUCCAGAUGAGAGGAUCCUGAUUUGUUCUUACCAAGCAGCCCUAAAUAUCACACAGACUAGUAUCUAAGGCUGCUAUUGUGAGUUGUGACUGACGAUGUGUAAGUCCACCUUACGAAAUAAAUGCUAAUUGGCAAACCAUUUUUGAAUUCAUGGGUUGGCAUGCAAUGCAAAUAUACAAUGACCUGUGUGGGCCAGUACAUUUUAAUGAUUCUAUUACCAGACCACAUUUCCUUCUUACUCCUAGAGGACUAAUAAGAGAUGAAGAAUUAGAUGCAGCAACCAAAUUCAAUUUGGCCAAGUUUCAUUACCAUUCUCAGUACCUUAUCAAUGUCUCCACUUAAGCUCAUUUUCAUUCUUCUCCACACAGUUACCAUUCUGAGUUCUGUUUCCACUACUGAAUUUGUCUACAACACAAACUUCAACUCCACAAACACCAUCCUAUAUGGAAAUGCCACCAUUGAACACUCCAUUCUGACUCUCACUAAUGGUAGUUUCUUCUCCAUAGGCCGCGCUUUUUAUCCUCACAAAAUACCUACCAAACCGGCCAACUCCUCCUCCACCCUUCUCCCCUUUGCAACCUCCUUCAUUUUCUCGGUCGCCCCCAUCAAACACCUUCUUCCCGGUCACGGCUUUGCCUUCCUGUUUACACCGUCAAGAGGUGUAAACGGCACGACCUCAGCGGAGUAUCUUGGUCUUUUCAAUCAUACCAAUGAAGGCAAUCCAAAGAAACAUGUUUUGGGAGUUGAGUUUGAUACAAUCAGAAAUGAGGAAGAGUUCGAUGACAUAAACGGAAAUCAUGUUGGCGUUGAUAUAAACUCGCUUGCAUCCUCCGCAUCACAUGAAGCUGGCUACUGGGGUGGGAAAGAUGACAAUGAAUUUGAGGUGUUGAGGAUAACAAAUGGAGAAAACUACCAGGUAUGGAUUGAAUUUAACCAUUCCCAGCUUAACGUUAGUAUGGCUCGCGCAGGACAAAAGAGGCCGCGAGUGCCUCUCAUCAGUACGAAUGUUAACCUUUCCAAGGUUCUCAUAGAUGAAACUUAUGUUGGGUUCUGCACAGCAACAGGGAAAAUAGUAGACAGUGUUAAGAUUCUUGCUUGGAGUUUUAGCAAUUCAAAUUUUUCAAUUGGAAAUGCUUUGAUGACAGAAAAUUUGCUUUCAUUUGUCCAUCAUAAAAGUUGGUUUUCCGGAGCACGAGGUUUAGCUGUAGGGAUCACCAGUGUUGUCUGUGUGUUGAUCACUGGUUGCGCUUGUACGGCAUUUUUCAUGCUCCGUAGAGGAAACGAGGCGGUGGAAGAUAUUGAAGACUGGGAACUAGAGUACUGGCCACACAGGAUUAGCUUUCAUGAGAUUGAUGCAGCAACAAGAGGGUUCUCUGAAGAGAAUGUGAUUGCGAUAGGAGGAAGUGGGAAGGUAUAUAAAGGGGUUUUGCAAGGAGCAGAGGUUGCAAUCAAGAGAAUCCCUCAGGAAAGAGAAGGAGGGAUGAGAGAGUUUUUGGCUGAGGUUUCAAGCAUAGGCAGAAUGAAACACAGAAACUUAGUAGCAUUGAGAGGCUGGUGCAAAGAGCAGAAAGGAACUUUGAUUCUAGUCUAUGACUUCAUGAAUAAUGGAAGCUUAGACAAUAGGAUCUUUGACUGUGAAGAGGGAAAGAUGCUAACUUGGGAAGAGAGGAUUGGAGUUUUGAAAAAUGUAGCAGCAGGGGUUCUAUACCUGCAUGAGGGUUGGGAAGUUAAGGUCUUGCAUAGGGACAUCAAAGCAAGCAAUGUUCUACUUGACAAAGACAUGAAAGCUAGGUUGGGCGAUUUCGGAUUGGCGCGUAUGCACGGGCACCAGGGACAAGUGGCCAGUACAACAAGAAUACUAGGGACAGUGGGAUACAUUGCUCCUGAAGUGAUUCGAACCGGAAGAGCGUCAACCAUGUCUGAUGUGUUUGGUUUUGGAAUACUAGUACUGGAAGUAGUUUGUGGGAGAAGACCAAUUGAAGAACAUAAACCAGGGCUAAUUGAAUGGGUUAUGUCCCUAAUGGUGCUUGGCCAACUGCAGAAUGCUGUUGAUGAAAGGUUGAAUGCUUAUGGGGGAUACACCAUCAGGGAAGCUGAGAGAUUGCUACAUUUGGGUUUAAUGUGUGCAAAUUCAGACCCUAGUGUGAGGCCAACCAUGAUGGAGGUUGUGAAAAUGCUGGAGGGUGAUGAAGGGAGUGAAUAUUUGAGUUUGCUUGGGAAAAUAAAAUCAGCUGCAAUGUGGUCUAGAACUGAAGGUGCUUUUGAUCAAAUUAGGAUAUUCAGUUUUAAUUCUAAGGCGUCCACAAGUUGCUCAGGUCCAGAAUCAAAUUCAAAUACAAUCCUAGAAGGCAGGUAAGGUUUUUAGUUGUAGUUUUUAGGUUAUCCAUCAUGUUUUAGUGAAUAAAGAAUAUAAGUGUUGUAAAAACCGGACCGGACAAGUCGGACAAACUGUAAGGUCUGGCUUAAUUGAGCUUGUGUGCUGUAAAGUGUAAACUACUAAUAAAUUAAUAAGUCAAGUUUUCUAGAAUUUUCAAUGCUUGUGCUUGGAAAAAGUCCAGUCGAGUGCUCUUGGUCUUCUAACCUUAUUAAAUGCAGUCUACAGAAUCUAAAUCAUCUUGUUUAAGAGUUUGGGUGAUGGGAUUUGUAAAGAAUAUUGAAAAAUCAAAAGGAGGACUAAAUUGGAAGCCACGUUUACUCAAAAUUAAUAUUUCUUAUUGUUUGAAUUAAUACAUUUAAUACUCCACGAUCUAAUCAGUAUGUCCAUCCACAUAAUAAAAUAUUAUAACUAUGGCAAGGGGCAGGAAUAGUUCAUAUCUUUGAUAGAAACUUAUGGUCUAACUCUAACAUGU